GCGCGCGCACGUCACCGCUCCUUUGCCUUUGACGAGAAAAGGACGCAGAGAGAGGCUGGAAGCUAGCAGCAGCCUCUGUGAACGGCGCGCCGACAGAUAUUCCGCAAGUCGCGAAGCGGCAUCCAGCAUGAACGGCGGCGGCCACGCCACUUCGUCCUCCCUGGACUCGGCCGGCGUCCCUCCCGGACAGGGCCCCAGCACCUCGUCGUCCUACCCCGCAGUCCCUGGCCGGCCGCAGAUUGAUGCGAAAAAGAAGCUCGUCGUCGUCGGGGACGGAGGCUGCGGAAAGACAGCCCUCCUCAUCACCUAUGCAGAGAACCGGUUCCCGGAACGGUACAUCCCGACAGUGUUUGAGAACUACGUGCCCCUCGUUCGCUUCGAAGGGAAACUCAUCGAGCUGGCUCUCUGGGACACGGCGGGGCAGGAGGAGUACGACCGGUUACGGCCCCUGAGCUACCCCGAGACAGACAUUAUUCUCAUUGGCUUCGCCGUCGACUACCCAGUGAGCCUGGCAAAUGUACAAGACAAGUGGUAUCCCGAGAUCAACCACUUUUGCGAAGGCGUCCCGAUCCUCCUCGUCGGCCUCAAGACGGACCUGCGAAGCGACGCACAUGCGCUCUCGAUGCUCCGCGCCCAGGGCACGCAGCCCAUCACGCCCGAGCAGGGCCGGGCCGUCGCAAAGGAGAUCGGCGCGGCCCACUAUGUCGAAUGCAGCGCAAAGGAGCGCACCGGCGUCCAGGAGGUCUUUGACACCGCCCUCAGAGAGGCCUGCCGGAAAAAGUGGAACAAGCGGAGAGUCGUCGGGGGCAAGAAAUGCUUGGUCUUGUAAAAGGAGAGAACACAGCCUACCUCCUCCUCACCGACUCGUAUGUGUACUGUACAUAGUAGUAGGCUCAAUUCUUGCAAACCACACCAUUCUGCAAGCAUUCAAAGAGGAGAUCAAGUG